AUGGUUUGGAACAGCAAUCUGGCCAUCAAAGGGGAUAUGGUUGUUCUGGUUGAUGCCCCAAAUGUUGAUCCACCUGAGAUUGAACAUCCUAAUGUGUUGCCGCUUCUUUUACUUGAAGAUGCGCAUGAUUCCGGUAAUGCCAAAUCCGAGAAACCCCCCCCCCCCCCCCCCAAACCACCACCACCACCACCAAAACUUGAAAUUUGUCUAGGUGGUUCGAAAGUAGAAGAUGCUCCUCCUCCUAUUCCUCCUGUUGUACCACCUCCAAUUGUUGCUUGGGUUGGAGAGAAAGCUAGGAAGCUUGGUUUUUCCACUGUUAUUGGUAAAUCCGAUAACGGUGGCAAUGGAAGAAGCACAUUUGUUACUUUGAUAUGUGAAAGGGGAGGUUCAUACACCGAGUACAAGAGAAAGAGUCGGCGGGAGAUAGCUGGUUCGGUUAAAUGCGAGUGUCCGUUUCGGCUGAGAGGUUACUUGUUGACCGGUGGUGAUUGGAGCCUCAAAGUUGGUGAUGGUAAACACAACCAUGACAUGACAGAUGUGUUGAAAGGUCAUAAAACUGUCGGUCGUCUAAACCCAAAUGAACGUGUUCACCUUGAAGAAAUGGUGGAUUCAAAUGUUCCUCCGAGGCAAAUGCUUACCAACUUAAAGAAGAGGAACCGUACCACUUCAACUACUAUCAAACACGUUUAUAAUGCUUCUUAUAGGUAUAGGCGGUCCAUUAGGGGUACGAGGAAUGACAUGCAACAUCUCUUGAAAUCUUUGGUUGAUAAUGGUUACGUUUAUCAUUGUAGGAAGUAUCCUGAUUCUAAGGUUAUCAGUGAUGUUUUUUGGGCACAUCUAGAUUCUAUCAAGUUGUUUAACACGUUCUCCACGGUGCUUGUGUUGAAUUCAACAUACAAGACAAACAAGUAUCGUCUUCCAUUGCUUGAGUUUGUCGGUAACACCUCUACCAUGAAAACGUUCUCUAUUGAUUUUGCCUAUAUGAUGUCUGAGAGGCAAGACAAUGUUUAUUGGGCUCUUAAGAGGUGUCGUGAGAUGUUGCACACCAAAGAUCUCUAUCCCAAAGUAUUUGCCACCAAUCGGGACAAUGCUUUGAUCAAUGUUGUGGAAAAGGUUUUCCCUAAAGCUAUUACUUUGUUGUGCUCAUAUCACAUUGGACAAAAUGUGAGAGCAAAGUGUAAAUUAAAUUGCAAAGUGACGGAUCUCAAAGACAAGAAUUGGCAAGCGAUUAAGCCUGGUUCGGUGGUGAAGACUGUGAUGGAUGCAUGGAUGGAUAUUGUGGACUCCGAAACGGAGGAAGCAUACAUUGAUAAUUGGAACCGGUUCAAAGUUCUAUGCGCAAAAUUUCCCAAGUUUUUGGAAUAUGUUGAAAAGACAAUUUUGGAUCCGGUUAAGGAGAAGUUUAUGAGGUUUUGGGUUGACAAAAACCUUCAUAUGGGGAAUACUACAAUAAAUAGAGCUGAAUCUGCACACGCUCGGUUGAAAAAGUAUUUGAGUAGUAGUAUGGGUGAUUUGAGUACAAACUAG